CACCGCGGUGUAGUCUGGGUAAAAAUGCUAUGUGUGUUUUCCUCCGUGCACAGAUGUUCGUUUUUUUUAAUUAUUAUUUCUAGUCGAUAUAAGAUGUUCGAAAUGAAACGUAUGUUGCACACUUUUCAUUCAUAAGGGACUCUUCGCUCUUAUCUUUUCCCCGUUCUCGAAACAGUCGCUACAAAUGCGGGUUUAGUGACUGUUUUCAGCGUGUGUUAGAAAUAAAACAAGCUACGUUGCUAAUUUAGCUUCCAGCAAAACGGAAAGAAUGCCAGCACUAAAGGCGGCCGAAUGCACUUAUUGAAUCUUUCAUGUAAUAAUGCUUAGUAUGAUCACUUAUGUGCUUUAUGUGGCGUUUUGAGCUUUUUACGAGCUAGCCUUUGUCCUGAAACGCAUCGUUUUAUUGAUUGACUGGAAGAUUGGUGAGACAGCAGGGGGAGGACAGAAAUGGACGAACGAGCCCAACGCGUUGACAACGACGAUAUUGUCAUUAUCGUGGAAAACGAGGCAGAAAGUUUGCCUGCCGAGGAGGAGAGACUGAAACAGCAAGGCACCUUCGGGUUGAUGGACACUUGUCCCAUCUGCAAAACAAGCUUCCACAACAGAGAGCCCAAACUGCUGCCCUGUCUUCACUCUUUCUGCAAGAGAUGCCUGCCUGUGUUCAGGAGUGCGGACCUCAGGAGAGACACACACGUUGGUGCCAUUCGAUGUCCAGUAUGCAGACAAGAAUGCUGGGAGAUGGACGUCUUGGACAAUUUCUUUGUUAAAGACUCUGCUGAGGUACCGAGCAGCACUGUGGAGAAAACCAGUCAGGUGUGCAUAAGCUGUGAGGACAACACGGAGGCGACAGGCUACUGUGUGGAGUGUGUGGAGUUUCUGUGCGUGACGUGUAUUGAGGCACAUCAGAGGGUGAAGUUCACCAGAGAUCACACCAUCCGUCAGAAGGAGGAGAUGUCUCCGGAAGCAGUAGGCUUGUCCACACAGAAACCCGUGUUUUGUGACAUCCACAAGCAGGAGCCACUGAAGCUGUUUUGUGAGACGUGUGAUCGACUCACCUGUCGAGACUGUCAGCUGCUUAAACACAAGGAUCAUAACUACCAGUUUUUGGAGGAUGCAUACAGGAACCACAAGCAGAAUCUGGAGAAUAUGACACAACAGUUGCAAGAAAAAAGAAAGGCCAUAGAGGAAGUAUCCAGCUGCAUUGGCACCGGACUUCAGCAAGUUGAAGAAAACCGAAAGGCUGUAACUAAUGAAAUUAAGAAGUCCAUCUGUAACUUGAUAAUGGAGAUUAACAGGAAGGGGAAGAUUCUGGUUAACCAACUUGAGGCUCUGACUAAAGACCACGAGUUGACUUUGAAGAAGCAGCAAGAAGACGUCAACUCUCUGAGGCGGCACCUCGACCACGUCAUCAGCUUUACCAAAUGGGCCACAGCCAGCCACAGUGGGACGGCCCUCCUGUACUGCAAGAGACUGAUCCUGUUGCAGAUCCACUACCUGAUGAAGGCGAGCUGCAGUCCCUCCAUUGUUCCUCAGAGUUCUGUUCGGUUCCAGUGCCGCUCUGGUUUUUGGGCUACAAAUGUAGACCUUGGAUCUCUGGUAGUAGAAAGGGGCCCAAAUCGAGUUCCUCUCUCAACCAGCCAGCAGGCAGCUCCCAGAGCAGAGGCACCCACUGGGAGUCUCUCAGUCUCAGCCCAGCAGCGACAAAGCACCCUGGCUCAGCUCCAACUGCAGGUGGACAAGUUGUCUCAGCAACCCAACAGGCAGCCCCCUCCUAACCACUGGUCCUGGUACCAAAAUGUCAGACUCCCGGGGCCUCCUGGUCCUCCGCCUCCAACCAGACCCAUCCACGGAGGGUCAUCGCCCUCUCAGGCCUCACCCAGCCUGGUACAGCCUGGACGCAGAUAUGGCAGCUCCCACCCCAAUCCAAGAAGCCCCACGUCCUCAAUGCUUCACAAUGUGGGGUUUCCUGCUGCUCAGUCUCUUAGAGAGCUGAUCCACGGCUCCACCAUACCACCUAAACCCAUGGACGUGAUGCAGAGUCCUUCCCGCUACCCACAGCCCCUGCCCACCGGAGCAGCCACACAAACGUCACUACAGCAGCGGGGUCUAAUGGAUCCCUCCUUGAAGAGGACUGAACCUGGCGGGUCUGUCCCUUCCAUUACCAUCUCCAUCCCCAAACCCAGCUUUGCAGCAAGUCUAGCUUCAGCCGUGGCAGAUAAAACAAGUACGCUCAGUCGCAUAACAAUGCAAGGAAGGCAGAAUUCUCCAAUGGCCAAACCGUCUUCUACAGAGAGAAACGCGAGGACAACCUCAUGGAGGCAGACUGCUGAGCCGCCUUCUGCCCCUUCAUCCAAACGACGGAGGAGGUCCUCCCCUGGACCCAUUAUAGUCAUCAAAGAUGAACCAGAGGAUGAAGAUGAAGUCCGUUUUGUAAGAAAAUUAGUGCGGUCCAGUACGGGGUCUAGCCUGCCAGACAGCAGCACGGGGACACAGUCCAAGCCUCGACAACAGCAGAAGGUCCCUGUCCCGCAUCCUGUCUCCGGAUUGAGCUCCAACACCGGGCAGGUGAAGCAGCCUCAGCCCCCAGGAGGCUCACAGUUAGUAAAGAGAGCAGAGCCAGAAGACGAUCCCAAUGAGGACUGGUGCGCCGUGUGUCAGAACGGAGGGGAGCUGCUCUGCUGUGACAAGUGUCCCAAAGUGUUUCAUCUGUCCUGUCACAUCCCCACUCUCAACGCGUCCCCCAGUGGGGAGUGGUUCUGUUCCUUCUGCAGAGAUGUAAUCUCUCCUGAAAUGGAAUAUGACUGCGAUAGCAAAGACGCCUCAGUGACUGAAAAAUUCCUUCCUGUUGAUAGAAGGAGGUGUGAGAGGCUGCUGCUGCGUAUGUACUGUAACGACAUCAGCACUGACUUCCAGCAGCCUGCCUCGCCAUCGGAAACCCGGAAGUACAGAGAGCUGAUCAAGACUCCAAUGGAUUUGUCGAUAGUGAAGAAGAAGCUCGCGAUGAAGUUAGAUGACAGUCAACGUUACAUCAGUCCUGAAGAUUUUGUGGCAGACAUCAGGCUGAUAUUUUUCAACUGUGCAAAGUACUAUAAGGCAACAUCAGAGGUGGGCAGUGCUGGUUUGUACUUGGAGGACUACUUUGAGGAACAGCUCAAGCUAAUUUUCCCAGACAGAAUGUUUCCUGGAGGGAAAGAAGAACGCAUGAUCCCUCCCUUGGAGGAUGAGAUAGACGAAGAAGAAAACGAAACGAUGGAAGUAGGAAUGGCUCCCGUAGAAGAGACGGACAAAUCAACCAGUCCCACAGAAAAAGCAAUUCCCCUUGUAGAAGAAGACUUGCCUGGUCCAGAAGAAGAUCCCGUUCCAGCUGAGAGGGAAAACUUAAAAGAGGACAAGGCAAUUCAUGAGAGCAAAGAGGAGGUGGAGCAAAAGGUAGCAGCUGUGGAAGAACCCUCGCCUCCUGCAGAGGAAGUAAAGCAGAGUAAAAGUCCAGUCGACGAGAUAAAAAGCUGUCUGGCGGAUGAUGCAGAAACAAGAGAUGCAGAAAUCUCUACUAAAGGAGAAAAACCUCUGCUCCCUGCAGAAAACACUGCAGAUGCCCCUGAAACCCAACAGGAGCUCACUCCUGCCACUUCAGCCAAAGAGGAGGGGUAGAUAGGAGAACAGCUAUAGAAACCACGGAGGAUUGUCUUCCCAAGAGGCAGCCCCAGCGGGGCCGAGAAUUUGCUGCAAUCAGAUACUUUUUACUACUGUUAUAGGAGAAAGGGUACCUCCAUACUAAACGUGUUUAGUAGCAUUAAUGCUGUAGCGGUAUGUUGAAGGCACAGUUCAAGCUUUUAUGUGUUUUUGUAGGAGGAAUGGUUACAAUUUAACGGUGACAUAGGGUAUUUUCUGCAGUGACACUGAGAAGCACAUAACAUAUUUUUGUUGCUAGGCUAAUGUGUAAGUUAUAAGGUGGACUGUACAUACUGUAGUUACGAUGAAUUGAAGACAAAUGCUUCAAUUGAAAAAUGCAAGUUUUUUUGUUUUUUUGGGGGGGGUUUUUUUAGAUAAUGCAUGCCUGUCGUCUUAUUAUAACAGUAUUGCUUCCAUUGUUUAGGCUUUAUAGAAUUUAGCUCAUUUAUAUGAACCAUACGGUUCAUAAAUUACUAGAUUUUUUUUUUCUCCUUCCCCCUAGUACUGUUUUAAUUACUAUGCUGUGUAUGUAAGAUAUGGGGGUCAUGUAUGUUCUGUAGUUCCUGUAUAGAAGGAAGUACAUCAUGUAUGAGUUGACGGAUUUCAAAAACCUUUUGAAAAACUUGGCAUCUUUAAAACUGUGCUGUUUUAAGACAAACCUGAAAUGCAACAACGCUGGUCUUUUCGUGUUGCUCCUUUGACUCAUUUUUGUCUUAUUUUAUUAAAUUUCUUGUAAUCUGAAACAGAUGACAAAUGUU